AUGUUGGGUUUUACUCUGCUCUUACUUGCCAGUGUUCGGCUCAUUCAUUCAGCUGCCAUUGCAGCUGUUAAGUCGCUACCAGAGUGCGGUCAACAUGCCGCUACACCAAAUGCGACAUGCCCGCUAAACGUCUGCUGUUCGCAAUACGGGUUUUGCGGAACCACGCCAGAAUUUUGUGGUCAAGGCUGUCAGUUUGCUUGUGAACAGCCCAAGCCCCAUGGAGCCGAGAGCAAUAGUCAGAAGCGGGUCAUCGGAUACUGGGAAGCUUUCAAUUCGAAUCAACCAUGUGGCAUGAUGCCGAUUGAGUCCAUACCGGCAUCUUUGCUGACACACCUCAAUGUUGCUUUUGCCUACAUAACUCCCGACUACCAGAUGACAAACAUGGCUGGUGUUGCUGAGAACAUCUAUUCUGAUCUAGCCAAUGUCAAGUCAAGGAACCCACGCAUGAAAAUCAUCAUCUCUGUGGGUGGCUACGGAUUUAAUGAUCCCGGUCCCACACAGACAUUGUUCUCUGAUAUGGUCGGAAAUGCCAAAAGCCGUGCCACAUUUAUCUCCAGCAUUCUAACAUGGCUGGCGCAGAAAGGUUUCGAUGGAAUCGACUUUGACUGGGAAUAUCCGACUGCGCAAGAACGAGGCGGACGUCAAGGCGAUGGGGCGAACUUUACGCAGUUCCUGAAAGAAUUCAGAGAAGCCAUACAUGACAGUGGCAAAGACUACAUCGUCACUUUCACAGCGCCUGUAUCCUACUGGUACUUGCGAGGUUUUGAUCUUGAACAAAUGAUGACAUAUGUGGAUUGGGUGAACGUGAUGUCUUACGAUCUGCAUGGCACUUGGGACCAGCAGGACCAAUCUUCCAUCAGUGGCCAGGUUCUUGCGCAUACAAAUCUUACGGAAAUUGAUAGUGCGCUGAAUUUGUUCUGGCGCAACAAUGUUGACCCUGCCAAGGUGGCCCUGGGUCUUGGCCUCUACGGACGCACUUAUACACUGAGUGACCCCUCAUGCUAUCACCCUGGUUGCGCAACCACGACGCCAGGGAAAGCAGGUCCUUGUACUGCACAGGAUGGUAUCUUAUCCUAUCGUGAGAUCAUGCAGGUGAUAUCAGACACUGGCGCUUCACCCCACACUGAUGAAGCAGCUCGCGUCGAGUACAUGGUCUACAAUGACAAUCAAUGGGUUUCAUAUGACAGCCCUAGGACUUUCAAGUCCAAGAUUGAAUAUGCCAACAAACUGGGCCUUUCAGGCUUGAUGCUGAUGGCGCGAUAUCGAAUACCACCACUGAUUGUUAGGCUGGAACGAUUCUACACCGAGUGA